AUGAGGCUCAAAAAAACAAAAAAUGGGCAGAGUUCGUUGCUGUCCAUCUUUAGCACAGACCCACCAAACAAAAAGAAACGGUUUGAAGAUAAAGCGCUGGAAGGUUUUGUUUUGGAACAUGAACUAGAACUAAAUGUAGAACAUGUAUCAGGCUCGUCAUCCGCUCAGUCAACCGCAACUACUAAGCACAUUGCUCCUAUAUAUGAAAUUCAGAUGCCCAGCUGUUCUUCUAGUUCAACUGGUCAGUUUGAAAUUGGUCUAAUUAAUAAACGUGAUCCUGCCCAUGGUCCAAAAGCGAACAAAAGUGGCACUAUUAUUGAAAAAGUAAAUCAAAAGUAUUCAGAAGAAAUACAAGAAAAUAGAUUGUACUUGGAAGCUUUGUGUGAAUCGUUGAUAUUUUGUGGCCGGCAAUCUAUUGAUCUAAGUGGUCAUGAUGAAUCUACAGAUUCAAAAAACAGAGGAAACUUUUUGGAGUUGAUGAAACUUCCGACUUUUCAGAAUGAGCUAUUGUCCAUUAUUGGGGAACAAAUUAAGUGUCAAAUUGCUAAAGAAGUUAAAGGAGCCAAGGUUUUUGCAAUUAUAGCUGAUGAAACUCAAGAUAUAGCAAAGCACGAACAAGUAGCUAUUGUCUUGAGAAAUACGUUCUUUGUACUUCAAAGUCUUUACAACUUCAUUGAGAAAUCAACUAAACGACAUGCCAUUUUUGAAAACAUUAAAAAAAGUUUUCAGAGUUUUAGUGGUGGAACAUCAACAUUGAAAUAUUUGAGUAAUACCAGAUGGGCUUGCCGUGUCGAAUCAGUGCGUUCUUUAUUAGAUAAUUUUGAUACCACUCUGACUACUCUACGAGAAAUUUCUGAUACGGACCCUGACAGUGGUGGACAAGCCAAUGCUUUAUUGAAAAAUCUGGAGAACUUAAACUUUGUAUUUGACCUGCUAUUACUGAAGAGAGUUCUAGCACAAUGUGACAUACUAUCAAAAAUUCUUCAGUCAAGCAGUGUUACUUACGAAAUUGUGAAAUCUGUAAAAAACAGCACUCUUGAAGUAUUGAAAUCCUUCAGAACAGAUGAGUUUUUCUCAAAGUUGUUCAAUCACUCUACAGAAAUCGCUGACAAGUGUGGAUUUAGAGCUGCCCAGCUGCCAAGACAGGGAAAAAUCCCCUCGAAAAUUGGGGGAGGGAGUAAAACUCAAUUUGAAUCUGUAGAGCAUUACUACAAAGUUUCAAUUGUCUGGCCAGUUAUUGAUAUCCUAAACGAGGAGAUAGAGACCAGGCUUCAAGAAAAAAACCGGGAUGUACUUAACAAUCUAAGUAAAGUUCUAGGUGGAACUGAUGAAGAUACAGCCAGUGUUAAGUAUGAGUGUAAAUAUUACAAUUUAGACAAUGAACAUCUUUUGUCUGAAUUGAGAUGUUUCUAUAAAAUGGAAGAAUCAAGAAACAAAACUAUUCAAGAAAGAUCUGACGUUUUUAUACAAAAAUCUUUGAAAAGUGUGUUCCCUAUGCUUUUUGAACUUUUUCGUGUUUUUUACGAUUCCAAUGAACUCGGCAUCUUGUGAGAAAUCUUUUUCGUGCUUGCGACGGUCAAAAACAUACACCAGAAACAAAAUUCGCCAGAAGAGGUUGUCCUCGUUAGCACUUUUGGCUAUAGAAAGAAGUAUUGGAGUAAACAUUUCCAAAGUGAUUGACGACUUUAAUUUAAGCCAGAAGAGAAGAGACAAAUUGUUAGCAGUUU